CGGUUUGUUUGUGAGGGCGGCAAUGGCGUUGUCUGUAUACAGACGCCCAUUGCGUGGUUAAGAUAUUUGGUAGGUCGUCAUUUAGUCCGGGGUAUGUUAUAUUUACACCCGGAUCAUCGUGUUAAAUAGCGGAGGUUAGGGGUUGAAGCUGAGGUAUUGGUUUACUAGGAUGUGAAACCGAUAUAGUCCCGAGUGGCGUCACGCGGACAACAAUGAGUUGUGAACACGAGGAUGUUGAUUUCUCGUCUGGAUUAUUCUGUGUCUUUGUUCGGUGGUGAUGUCGAUUGCACGUUCAUGGGAUGAUGUGAUUUGGUGUCCGAGAGACAGUUUUGUGUCGCAGAUGAAGAAUCCUUGACCUGCUGAGUCAGUGACGUCAUUGCCGAUCCAGGCUAGGACUUACUGAUCUUCACCUACCACUUCCCCACCAAGAGUUGUCUUCCCUUCGCCAUGCCCGUGUUUGUUAAUGACGACUACCUGUUGUUCGAGGCUGUGAAAUGGGGCAAGCGAGACAAGGUCCGCGGACUGUUGUCGUCGGGAUGUCACCGUAACCUCCGGGACGAUGGAGGCAGGACGGCUGUUCACUGGGCGGCUGAGAGGGACUAUCUGGACGUCCUGUAUCUCCUCAUUGACGAGAAAUGGGAUCUCAACACUGCAGAUGCAAAGCAGCAGACACCUCUACUGAUAGCUUGUAAUUACAGGCGGGAGAAUGUGGCGUCUUGUCUGAUAACGCUGGGCUGUGACGUUAACGCUGCAGAUAUGUCAGGCAACACGCCACUUCACCGUGCUGUUCGCAUGGAUAUCGAGACCGUUGCUGCAAUGUUGUGUAAAUUCGGGGCGGAGGUUGAUAGUAAAAAUGGGUCGUGGUGGACACCGUUACACGAAGCUGCAAGAACAGGAAACGAGACGAUCGUGAAGAUGUUGCUAGAACGGGGCGCUGACGUUAACGCCGUCACAAAGAAAAGUUCAACGCCGUUUCUUACGUCUAUAUUCUAUUACAAAAUUGCUCAAAAGAAUACUUACACUAGUCUCGACAGCAUAUUAAAGAUGUUUGUCGACUCCCGAUGUAGACUUAGCCAAAGCGACGGACAAUGGACACCUCUCUCAGCGUCAAUCUCCGUUGAUAACAGUUUCAUCGCCGCCUUGCUUAUUUACAGCGGCUGUAUGUUCGAGAAGCGGACUAAGUUUUCCCGUAGCCUCCUGGUUGAGGCGUUCACCCGAUGUGAACCGUUUGUGAGCAGACUGAUGGUGAUGGCUGGGUACCAGGUGAACCAGGAAGAGGUGGAUAUGUGUUCGCGGAGAAUCCCCUCAUUCUCAAGGACAUUCAUGAGGCUGGUUGAACCCAACACCGACAUCAGUAGUGGGCGUUGUGACCUACUACGCUGGUUACGUGAACAGGCCCGAACGCCCAAAAGUCUCUCAGAGCUGAGUCGAGCUUCCAUCAGACAUUCCUUGAACUUAGGAGCAGACGACACUUCUAUUCUGGACAACAUUUAUCAGCUGCCACUGCCAGAGUGUCUGAAAAACUUUCUAGCCAUGUCAGACUUUAUUUCACGGAUUUUAUGAAUGGUUACAAUUAUUUAGUUAAACUGCUUGGAAAAGAAAGCAUACACACGAAGACUGGAUGGCAUAGGUUAUUAAGCCGUUACUAGGCUGUAACCAGUCACCGAGACACUGCAUAUUCACAGUACAAACCACAGUCAUGAUACCCGUAUUAAUUACAUCACCAUCCAUACCAUUUCUUCUUAGUCACCACGUAACAUGGGUGUAUAUUUUCCUUUCCUCGGCAGUUCAUGUUGUAUAUGGAUGUAUUGGUAAGUGGUAGACAUGACGUUCUUUAAGUCAAUAAGAUUCGACUCCGUGUUGUCAUUACACAUAUCAAUACGUCAUGAUGACGUCACCUGCGCUUCCCUUAUUAUUAUUGGAUGACAAUAUCUAAUGCACGGACAUCCUCGGUCAUCAAGUGUACUUUAUUUCCUGUCUUGUAUAAUAUAUACCCUUGACUCAUAGACUCCACCAUUUGAAAACCUUCAUCUCAGUGUCUCAUAUUUCUAUAUAGCUCUAGUCAGAGUUAUGACGAUGAAUGGGUCCAAGGCCCUAUUUCACAAAGCAAUCGUAACGCUACGCCGUCGUAUGUCUUUGUUAAAGUGUGGGAGUUACGAUCAUCUCAACUCGAUGAUCGCUUCAUGGAACGGGACCCAGGAGAAUAAUACUCUUGAUGACCGAGGAUGGAACAGAUACGUCAGCUAUCCCUCCUGUACAAGGCUAGUCUGUAACCUGAUCAAAAUACAUUCCUUCCCCUGAUGCCAUUUUGAAAGCAAUGCAUUAAGUGAACGUAUUAGACCAUGUGAUAACUCAAAAUAGAUAUUUUUAUUGUACUGUUUAUGUUUACCUUUGUUUCAUUUGCGUCAAGUCCAUGUAGUUUUGUAGGUUAAGUUUUACUGACUUCAUGUAUAAUCCAGGAUUAAGAUCGUAUUGACAUAAAUCCAGAAUCUUCUUUCCCUAAAUAUACAUAUACAGCUCAAACUUUGAUAUGGAUCAUCCGAUAUGAACGUAAAUUUAUCCCUAUCAAAAACGGAGUGGUGUGAGCCUAAUUGGACAUUGACAAGUUCCUUCUACCACCAAACAGUGUCAUGGUUAGCCGUCUUUGAAGAGGUAUCCUAUAUACAAUGAACGAUGAAUACAAGUUGUAUAAGUAAGUCUUGGUGUCACGGAGAAUCAUAUUGCCACUGCAUAAAUAUAAUGGAUUGCGCAAAGAGGUAUAUGUAAAUGUCUGACAUUACCUUCCAAGAAGGUCAGAAGUCGUUUAGCUUACAUUAAGUGUGUUCAUUAGUCAGGGAAUAUUGAGCUUUUGCUCUGGUUGUUGUGCAAUAUCAUCUAUUUUAUGAGUGUUGUAUUGGCUGUGCAUGAUGUAUUGAUACUCAAAGUGCAAGGUGUGAAUGCUUUAAUCCACAGUAUCCCCCGUAUGCCCGUUAUGUUGCAUCAGGAAUCUGUACCUUAAUGGCUGUACGAUGCAUUAGGGUGAUUGUAGGCUCAAUGCUAAAUUCUCGUCACGUUAAUGCAGUGCGCGUCGACCCGUGAUCCGGGAUAGAAUUGGUCUUCAGUAACCCAUGCUUGUCGUAAGCGGCGACUAACGGGAUCGGGCGGUCCGACUCGCUG